AUGGGGAUGACAUCACUCUCCGUGGGCGAAGGGAAUGGUAGUGAGGGCGGAAGUUACGACAAACUGAUCGGAAGAUCACCUCCAGUCUUCCCUGAAAACCUAACUCCCUCUAGGACCCAGGAAGAAGUUUCUUUUCGCUCUACGACCUGGCCCGGGAGGACUUCCUGGUUCCUGGGUUGGGGUGUGAGCCAUCAAGAGAUAGGGAAACGACCGCCCCGCCCCCGCACCUGUUCCCACCGUCCCAGCCCGGAGGGGCCCUCCCGCCCCCUGCUCUCAGGUUUGGCUACCAUGAAACUGCACCGGAAGUCUGUGCUCAGCUACUUUCGGGGAACAGGAGCCCGGGCCCCAGACCGGGAGGGAAUCUUACUGAAGAAGGGGACCCGCAAUCCCAGCUACCAACGCCGCUGGUUCAUCCUCCGUGGAAAUCUCCUCUACUACCUGGAGCACCAAGGAGAUCGAACUCCCCUGGGCCUUAUCUUGUUGGACAGCUGCCGGGUGGAGCCCCGAGACAGUACCACUGAGCCCUAUGCCUUCGUCAUCCUGGCCUCCGAAGAGGGUGGCCGGAGCUACAAACUGGCAGCAGAGAAAAAGGUUGAUUUCGACGGCUGGCUUCAAGCCCUAGUUUGGGCUGGAUGGAGCCAGCUGUGGGAGCUCCUGCAGCCCUUGCAGGAGCAGUAUCAAAGAGUGUGCCAAGAAGCCGGAGUGGAACCCCAGGCCCCACCGCAGGAAGACAGGUUUCUGGGCCUCCCCUGCUCUCCAGCCCCCUCUGGCUUCCAGGAGUUGCACCAGCGCUUUGGGGAAGAGAUCCAGGCACUUGCCAGGUCCAGGGCCACCAGGAGGCAAGUGGACCUCAUGGAGUUUGGGUGAGGGAGGAACCAGAAUCCUGGGCUUGAGAGAGGAAGAAAUGUGGCAGGUCUAGAGCACUCUAAGGGACAUCUGGGAUUGACACUUAGUCUUGGGACAACCUGGAAGCAAACUUCAAUAAAAGUUCCAAAGCUAAGCAC